AUGGCCUCUCCUGCGAAUAACCAUCCACGACUUGCUGCUGUUCCCUCCGAAUCCGUUCUGCCGCCACCACGAGAUCCGGUAUCUCUUGGAGAACCGAGCGAUCAGCCUCCCAAAAGCGAUACGGUCCCUCCCGCUACCGCUCUCGUACGAUCCUACCCCCAACUUGUCGAGAAACUGGCGCCACCCACGUCGGUCGAUGAUGGAAAAUUAAGCAGCCCGUUCGAGAACCUUCCAAUUCGCGAGAGCCAACUGCUUGCCCAGCAGUCUAGGGCUGCAUGGCGCGAUGGCCUACUCCUUUACGCCCUCGAAAUACGCAGUUCUCUGGCAAAUACCGAAAACAAUACCAAGAAUGAAUGGCUGGAACCUGGCGUUGGGGAGACGAUUGGUGUCAUCGAACACCCAGGCAAAGAGGGACCCCAAUUGGACAAGAAACGCGACGGCGAGCCUGAGAUGGAAUGGGCUCACGAGAAGCCAGAGGAGGGAGAGGGAGAACAAGCCGCGGCGCAAAUAGAGGGGCAAGCAGAGCACCUAUCCGACGACUCACGACCACACUGUGCUGGUGAUGGGAGCUCUCGCAUUGACCGCCCAUCUGAAGGCAACAACGCUCACGGCGGCGCUUCGAACGACUCAUUCGAAGCAGAGGAACAGCCGAGGGCAGCGAUCUAG